AAAACAGGAAAAGAAACCACACGUUUCCUCUGAGAAACCAAAAGCAGAGAGAGAUUCAGACAUAUCUUCUGGGAAGAGUCUAGUUUCUCUUUCUGUUUCUCUUAUCUCAGCCGUUGAAAUCUUUUCAAUAUUAAUUGCUCUCCAGGUUCGUCAUUACCUGUCCUUUCCCCUCCCUGUAUAUAGAAUAUAUACAUACUGUUCCUGUUUAUACGCUGGUUUCCUCCAUUUAUGUGCUGUGAUUUGUAUUUUAUUUGGUCGGUGUUUUCUGUAUAUAUUGUUUUUACUUCUGGGGUUGUGUUUUUAUAGGUUUUCUAGCUGUUUAUUGUAAUUAUUUGGGUUUUAGAUUACAGGGAUUAAUGGGUUAUGCUUAGUUUGGCUUACGGGGAACAAUUGCGUUGGUUUCUUCACAAUCAACCUGGGGUUUUUUCGUUUUUUGAAGUCUGUUAUAUUCUUUCCCUUUGGCGGUUGCUAUAUUCCAGAGCCGUAUAGCUAUCUGCUGGUAUUGGCAGGUGAGUAAAUCCCAUUAGAGAUUGAAUCAGGGAAAGUUGGGUUAGAAUUGUGUUCAAGUUUUCAAGAAGUGAAGAGGUCUGUGGAAUUUGGUUCAUUCAGCUAGAGUUGUACUUGGGAUAUUUACUUGGCAAACAUGGCGGACUCGAUUGCAGCAACAUCUCUUGUGGGGUAUAGACCCAAUUGCAGGGGAUUUUCUGUCACGAAUUCUUCCUACAGAAGGAAAUCUUCAACUUCGAGUAACUGUCGCUUCUUAAGAUCAGAAUUUAUGGGCAGAAGGAUUGUUUGUUUGUCUCCAAAAUUGAAAGCUGACAGGUUUGUGAAUACAUCAAUUAAGGCCCUUGCAAUGGAAUUAACAAAAGAGGCAUAUUCAUAUAGAGAAGAGGAGAGAAUACCACGCACUUGGAGUUACCGUCCUGGCACUGGUGUUGAUCGAAAACCAGGUCUGUGGCCACCAGAAAAUAGAGCAGAUAACCCUUCGUUGCAUAAUCCUUUGCUUCGACAAGAAAUGAUGGGUUGUGGCUGGUUGGGUGCCAUAUUGGAAUGGGAGGGUGUCAUAAUUGAGGAUAAUCCUGAUCUUGAUAAGCAAGCAUGGCUUGCUCUUUCUCAAGAAGAAGGAAAAUCCCCUCCACCAGCUUUCAUUUUAAGACGACUAGAAGGGAUGAAGAAUGAACAAGCAAUAUCUGAAGUUCUGUGUUGGUCAAGAGACCCAGCAGAACUGAGAAGAAUGGCCACUAGGAAGGAAGAAAUUUACCAAGCUUUGCAAGGUGGGAUAUAUAGAUUACGGUCUGGCUCGAAAGAGUUUGUGAAUGUUUUGAUGCAUUACAAGAUCCCAAUGGCAUUGAUAUCCACGCGUCCAAGGAAGACUCUUGAGACUGCAAUUGGAAGCAUUGGUAUCAAUGGGUAUUUCACUACGAUUGUAGCAGCAGAAGAUGUUCACAGGGGGAGGCCUGACCCUGAGAUGUUUGUUUAUGCAGCACAGCUUCUAAAGUUUAUUCCAGAGCGUUGUAUUGUGUUUGGGAACUCCAAUCAGACUGUGGAGGCUGCACAUGAUGUUCGGAUGAAGUGUGUUGCUGUUGCUAGCAAGCAUCGGAUUUAUGAGCUCAGUGCUGCAGACUUGGUGGUGAGGCAUCUAGACGAGCUUUCAAUUGUUGAUCUCAAGAAUCUUGUUGAUAUUGAAUCACCAGAAUUUGGUUCCCCUGAACCAGAGAUGGAGUUGGAGGAGGAAGAGGAUCGAUCAACUGCAGUGGGAGUUGAUGAUAUUUUCUGGUGACUCCUAUGAAUUGUACAGUUAGCUUUGCUCUUCAUCAAAUUCUUGUGGACAAUAGUCCUGUAUGUCUCUUGUAACAUCAUUGCAAACCAUUAGAGCCCUUGUGUAUGAGGGGGGAAACAAGGUUAGGAAAAAGAUGAGAGGAAAAACAGGAAAAAAAAAACAAAAGAAAAAACAAGACAAAGAAAGAAGGAAAGGUAGUCUGCAUUGGACUACGUCAAUAUUAUCAUGUAUUUAUUAUCUGUACCAUAUAUGUAAUUUGUCUUUGGAUAAUACACUUGAUGGUAGUGCCUUUUCUGUUUGAA